GGGCUGGCUGGUGGGGAGGAGAUUGUGCAAGUUGAGGGGAGGGGGUGCCCUCUUCUUCCCGGCUCUUCCCUGCUCUUCCCUUUCCCCGUCUAACUCCUUCCCCUUUCCCUCCCCUCCCCCCUCCCCGCCCCCACCUCCUUCCUCCUUUUCGAAGGCUGGUAACUUGUUGUGCGGAGCGGCGGCGGCACCAUCCAGGCGGGCACCAUGGGCACGUCCGCGCGCUGGGCGCUCUGGCUGCUGCUCGCGCUAAGCUGGGCGCCCCGGGAGAGCGGCGCCUCGGGGACGGGGAGAAAAACAAAAUGUGAACCUAACCAAUUCCAGUGCACAAAUGGCCGCUGCAUAACUCUACUGUGGAAAUGUGACGGAGAUGAAGACUGUGUUGAUGGCAGUGAUGAAAAAAACUGUGUAAAGAAGACAUGUGUUGAGUCUGACUUUGUGUGCAACAAUGGCCAGUGUGUUCCAAACCGGUGGCAGUGUGAUGGGGAUCCUGACUGUGAAGACGGUUCUGACGAAAGCCCAGAGCAAUGCCAUAUGAGAACAUGCCGCAUAAAUGAAAUCAGCUGUGGUGCCCGUUCUACUCAGUGUAUCCCAGUGUCCUGGAGAUGUGAUGGUGAAAGUGAUUGUGACAGUGGAGAAGAUGAAGAACACUGUGGCAAUAUAACAUGCAGCCCUGACGAGUUCAGUUGCUUCAGUGGCCGCUGCAUCUCCAGGAACUUCGUGUGCAAUGGCCAGGAUGACUGUAGUGAUGGCAGUGACGAGCUUGACUGUGUCCCACCCACCUGCGGCACCCACGAGUUCCAGUGCAGCGCCACCUCCUGCAUCCCCCUCAGCUGGGUAUGUGAUGAUGAUGCAGAUUGCUCGGACCAGUCCGAUGAGUCCCUGGAGCAGUGCGGCCGCCAUCCGGUGAUGCAUGUCAAGUGCCCAGCCAGUGAGAUCCAGUGUGGCUCCGGCGAGUGCAUCCACAAAAAGUGGCGAUGUGAUGGGGAUCCUGACUGCAAGGAUGGCAGCGAUGAGGUUAACUGUCCGUCUCGAACCUGCCGACCUGACCAGUUUGAAUGUGAGGACGGGAGCUGCAUCCAUGGCAGCAGGCAGUGUAAUGGCAUCCGAGACUGUGUGGAUGGUUCUGAUGAAGUCAACUGCAAAAAUGCCAAUCAGUGCUUGGGCCCUGGAAAAUUCAAGUGCAGAAGUGGCGAAUGCAUAGACAUCCUCAAAGUAUGUAACCAGGAGCAGGAUUGCAGGGACUGGAGUGAUGAGCCCCUGAAAGAAUGUCAUGUCAACGAAUGCUUAGUAAAUAAUGGUGGAUGUUCCCACAUCUGCAAAGACUUAGUUAUAGGCUACGAAUGCGACUGUGCCGCUGGGUUUGAGCUGAUAGAUAGGAAAACGUGUGGAGAUAUUGACGAAUGCCAAAAUCCUGGAAUCUGCAGCCAAAUUUGUAUCAACUUAAAAGGCGGUUACAAGUGUGAAUGUAGUCGUGGCUAUCAAAUGGAUCUUGCCACUGGCGUGUGCAAGGCAGUAGGAAAAGAACCGAGUUUGAUCUUUACCAACCGAAGAGACAUCAGAAAGAUUGGUUUAGAAAGGAAAGAAUAUAUCCAACUGGUUGAGCAGCUACGGAACACUGUGGCUCUUGAUGCUGAUAUUGCUGCUCAGAAACUGUUCUGGGCUGAUCUGAGCCAAAAGGCCAUCUUCAGUGCCUCAAUUGAUGACAAGGUUGGUACACAUGUUAAAAUGAUCGACAAUGUCUAUAAUCCUGCAGCCAUUGCUGUUGAUUGGGUGUACAAGACCAUCUACUGGACUGAUGCGGCUGCUAAGACUAUUUCAGUAGCUACCCUAGAUGGGACCAAGAGGAAGUUCCUGUUUAACUCUGGCUUGCGAGAACCUGCCUCCAUAGCCGUGGACCCACUGUCUGGGUUUGUUUACUGGUCAGACUGGGGUGAACCGGCAAAAAUAGAAAAAGCAGGAAUGAAUGGAUUUGACAGACGCCCACUGGUAACUGUGGACAUCCAAUGGCCUAAUGGAAUUACACUCGACCUUAUAAAAAGCCGCCUCUACUGGCUUGAUUCCAAGUUGCACAUGCUUUCCAGUGUGGACUUGAAUGGCCAAGAUCGUAGGAUAGUACUAAAGUCUCUGGAGUUCCUGGCUCACCCUCUUGCACUAACAAUAUUUGAGGAUCGUGUGUACUGGAUAGAUGGGGAAAAUGAAGCAGUUUAUGGUGCCAAUAAAUUCACUGGAUCAGAGUUGGCUACCCUAGUCAACAAUCUUAAUGAUGCCCAGGACAUCAUCGUCUAUCAUGAACUUGUACAGCCAUCAGGUAAAAACUGGUGUAAAGAAGACAUGGAGAAUGGAGGAUGUGAAUACCUGUGUCUGCCAGCACCACAGAUUAAUGAACACUCUCCAAAGUAUACCUGCGCCUGUCCCAGUGGGUACAGUCUAGAGGAAAAUGGGCGACAGUGCCAAAGGAUCAAUGUAACCACAGCAGUACCAGAGGUCAGGGUUCCCCCAAAGGGAACUUCUGCUGCCUGGGCCAUCCUUCCCCUCUUACUCUUAGCAAUGGCAGCAGUAGCUGGCUACCUGAUGUGGAGGAACUGGCAGCAUAAGAAUAUGAAGAGCAUGAACUUUGACAAUCCUGUAUACUUGAAGACCACAGAGGAGGACCUCUCAAUAGACAUUGGGAGACACAGUGCUUCAGUUGGACACACAUACCCAGCAAUAUCAGUUGUAAGCACAGAUGAUGAUCUAGCUUGACUUCUGAGACCCAUCUUGACCUUUGAAAUUUAAACCAAUAAUAGCCACUUUGGAAUGGUAACCGAGCCCGCAGCUGAAGUCUCUUUCUUCCUCUCAUCUGGAAGAACAUCAAGAUAUCUUUGUGUGGAUCAAGCUUGUAUACUUGACCAAUUUUAUAUUAUUUUUGUAAAUAUUCUUGUCCACAUUCUACUUCAGCUUUGGAUGUGGUUACCAAGUAUCUGUAACCCUUGAAGUUUUAGACAGUAUUGCCACCUCUGGCCAAAUAUGCACUUUCCCUAGAAAGCCAUAUUCCAGCAAUGAAACUUGUGCUAUAGUGUAUACCACCUGUACAUACAUUGUAUAGGCCAUCUGUAAAUACCCCAGAGAACAAUCACUAUUCUUAAGCACUUUGAAAAUAUUUCUAUGUAAAUUAUUGUAAACUUUUUCAAUGGUUGGGACAAUGGCAAUAGGAUAAAACGGGUUACUAAGAUGAAAUUGCCAAAAAAUUUGUAAACUAAUUUUGUACGUAUGAGUGAAAUCUUUGACCUCAAUGGAGGUUUACAAAGACUGAGAGUUCAAACUACUGUACAUUUUUUUUCAAGUGCUAAAAAUUAAAUCAAGCAGCUUAACCAUGGUUUGUGCCUAUUCCUCUAAGACAAGUUGUUAAAAAUAGCCUGAGUAGCGUCAAGUCUUCUAACGAAAUAUAUGAGCUGCCACUCCCGAUGUUGUGUAUCUAAGCCUGUAAUUGUGCAAGCUUCCCUUACAACCAAGUACUAGCUAAAGACAAGGUACCAUUUAACAUUUUCUCUCCAAAUGUUUCUUAUUUUAUAAAAGAAACUAUCUUAGUCUGUACCCAGAAUUCCUCUUGAUUACAGAAGAACUCCUUUUCUCAUUAAUUUGUUCAAUCUAGAAGCAUGUGCUGAAAUUUCUAAGAAUUCUGCUUCAUACAUAAUUCUCUGUCUUCCAUAUUCUGUCAUAUGUAGAUCAAGGGCAAGUGCCUUCUAAGGCAUAGGCAAAGGCUUUCUUCUUAUGAAAGUCUACUCUGUCUUACUAUGAAAAUGAUUAGGAAGAAUAACAACCAGCAUCGUUCUUAAAUCCAAGGUGGUGGUUCUCAGUGUGUCCAGGUACAGCAGUGUCUGUAUUACCUGGCAGCUUGGUAGAAAUACACACUCUUAGGCACCAUCCCAGACCUAUUAAAUCAGCAGCUCUGGUGCUGGGGCCCAGGAAUCUAUGUUUUCACAAUCCCUUCCCAUGACACUGAUGUGACCUAAAGUUUGAAAACCACUGUUUUGAUGUGACUCAUGGAGAAUAUCAUUGUAGUAUCUUCAAAACUGUCAGCCUGGCUAUAUUAGGACAGAUUCUUUCUGUGGGCAAUUUCUGGAACUUUUAAAGAUAAAGAACAAAUAAGGAGUUGGAGUAUGGUGAAGUUGGUCAUCACUUCCUUACUCUAAAGUCUCCAGAUGUCCGGAAGCAGAGGAAGAUGCAAAGGUUGAAACACUGAGAAGAUGCCGUAGGCUCAAUGUAAGGUGGGGAGUCUACUUCAGAAGGUAUAGUGACCCAUCUGGAAUUAAUGACAAGUACAGCAGCAAGAACCUGAGCAGAAGAUGUCUGAAUAGAUGCACAGAUUAGUGGAAUAGUCAUAAAACAUCUGCAUGUGGAACAGAAGGCAUCUUGGCUUUUGGCUUAGGUAAAGAGAUCAAUAAUCACAGAUGAGGAGGAAGUUGGUUUUGUUAUCUCAUGGAUGCUGCUUUGCACUUUGGGUCAAAUGGAUGAAAGAGAAAAGCUAGACUUGAACCUUUAUUUUGUGGGAGGUAAGGAGGUCAACCAUGCAGAAGGAAAAGGCUGGAGGCGUUAAGGUAGGACUGUCUGCUGUCCACUUGUUUCUUACCCUAUAAGUACUCAUCACAGUGAACGGUGAACACAACAAAUGUGGCUUGCUGACAGGGACUGGCUGAAGUGCCUAUUCGGUAAGUAGGUUGGGAUUUAUCAUACCUAAACUCUGAUGUCCAUUUCUUUGGUGCUUUGACCCUGGUGUGGUAUUGAAACCACUGAUUUAUUUUUUUUAAUUGAAGUAAUACCAAAUGCUCUUUUAGAAGCUUAAAGAUACCAGUGUUUUUCCCUAUUAUAAGAGUAUAUAAUGUAAAUUAUAAGUCUCACAGUCAUAGUUUUGAAAAGAAAAUAAAGCAUUAUUCUCUGCCAUCUU